AAAAAAAAAAACUAUAAAUUCUCUUUCUCUAAACCCUUCUAAACUUUCCCUUUUUUCCUUUUAUCUAAUAAAAAAAAACCAUGAGUGAUAAUCCUACAGUAAAAUUAAAUCCAACCGGACAACCCAUGCCAUUAGUUGGUGUGGGUAUGUGGAAAGUACCAAACGACAAAGCAACUGAUUUAGUUGUUGAAGCUUUCAAACUUGGAUAUCGUUUAGUGGAUUGUGCAUCCGAUUAUGGAAACGAGAAAGAAAUCGGUAUAGGUCUUAAAAAAGCGUUUGAUGCCGGAAUUGUAAAGCGUGAGGAUAUUUUCGUUACAUCAAAAUUAUGGAAUACGAAUCACGCUCGUAAACAUGUUCGUCAAGCCGUUGAACGUACUUUGAGAGACCUUCAACUUGAUCAUUUGGAUUUAUACUUGAUGCAUUUUCCAAUCGCUUUGAAAUAUGUUGAUCCGGAAGUAAGAUAUCCUGCUGAAUGGUAUUAUGAUCCUAAUAAAAAAGAGGUCAUUCCAGAAAAUAUUCCAAUCCAAGAAACUUGGCAAGCUAUGGAAGAAUUAGUUGAUGCUGGUUUAGUUAAAAAUAUUGGUAUAUCAAAUUGUUGUGCAGGUUUAAUUAUAGAUCUACUCAGAUAUGCGAGAAUUAAACCAUCAGUCUUGCAAAUAGAACAUAAUCCUUAUUUAACUCAAGAAACACUUAUAAAUUAUGUUAAAUCUCAAGGAAUGGCUGUUACUGGUUAUUCUAAUUUUGGUAAUUUAAGUUACGUGGACUUGAUUCCUAAAGCCAAAACUGCUCCAAUUCUUUUUGAUCAACCUAUAAUUAAAGAACUUGCUAGUAGUAAAAACAAAAGUCCUGCUCAGAUUGUGCUAAAAUGGUGUGUACAACGUCAAAUUGCUAUUGUACCAAAAUCUAAUAAUCAUGAUCGUCUUGCACAAAAUAAACAAUUAUUUGAUUUUGAAUUAACUCAAGAAGAAUUGCAUAAAAUUUCUUCUUUAAAUAUCAAUUUAAGAUUUAAUGAUCCUGCUGAUUUCGAUUUACCAAUCUUUGACUAAAAUUAUUAUGUAUAGUUAGUAAUGAUUGUAUUCAUUUUAUUUUUUUUUUAAUAAUUAAAAAAAAAUUAUCAUUG